GUCAGACUGUGCCAUUGUUUUCUUCCGCAGGCUUGAGGGGUCACACCAGCCUCCGCGUUUCUUAGCAAUAAUUCGCAGUUCAGCCAUCUUUCCAUCCCCGACCUGGCGGCCAUAUAAUGAACGAGGACAUCCUUCCAUUUCCCCCGCUCUGCCUGGCCGCCGAGUAUCCGCGCGCGCCCAGAGAAGAGCGCCAUCUCCUCCAUCUCCCAGAAUGAGAAAGCGGACUACAAGCACCGCGAACCUCUCAGGCAACGCGGAACCAGGCGAACUCCGCAGAAGUACGCGUCUGGGAGCUAUAGCACCACUCGAGUGUGAGAGCAGAGAAAAGGAACAGGAACCUGGCGUAUUGUUUGCGGCUGGAGCCUCGCGGGGUCGAGCAAAACCCAGACACUCCUCCCCCUUUCUCGGACCUCCCUCGAAACGAAAGCAAGGCCAGGACGCUCCCGACCCCUCCAUUCCGGCGCAAGGUCCGCUACCUAUGAGUCGACCUCGAAAGACUCCUUACUCCGCUUCGGCGCCAGGUCUGCCACCUAUGAAGCGACCUCAAAAGACUCCUUACUCCGCUUCGGCGCCAGGUCUGCCACCUAUGAAGCGACCGCGAAAGACUGCUUUUCCCAAGGCAGAUAGCCUACGAGAAGACAUGAUCGCGUUCCAGAAACCCAGACACUCCUCCCCCUUUCUCGGACCUCCCUCGAAACGAAAGCAAGGCCAGGACGCCCCGGACCCCUCCAUUCCGGCGCAAGGUCCGCCACCUGCGAAGCGACCUCGAAAGUCUACUCAAGGCAGCGCAGAUGGUCAACCAGAAGAGACUGGGCCGAUAUUCCUUCCAGGCCCCUCUGGCCCGAUCUCUAACCGGAUAAAGCACAAGCAGCGGCCUCACGAGCGCUUUGAACCAAACGAGCAACCGGGAGCAGAGCUUUCGGAGGACGACAGCUCGCUGGAAGAGAUUUUGGUACAGCCAGCUGCUCCGGUCAAAGGAAGUUUUCUGCGCGAUUUCGACCAUGAAGUCCCUCAGACUAUUAAGGACCUCUGUCUCCAGCUACUCGAGAAGGACCAGACUGUGCCUCAGAACACCUUGUUCCGCGAUGACCUUUUCAGCAGACUUUGCGGGAAGAUACGAGAGGGGAACGAAGCGAUGAUUAUUCAAGACGUCACUCGCUUGAUUGUUCCAUCCGCGAUGAAUCUGGCUAUCUACGGCGAUACACAUCUCAAUAUCUUGAUAGAAAGUGUAAACGAAGCCUGGACCGAUUGCAUUCCCGUGGAGGGUCCUCGCCCACAACCGAACUAUGCCGUUGGGUUCAACCGAUCCGCAUUCACGGAGGAACACCUGGAAAAGCUCGGUGAACUUACUGGCGGCGUCUUCGACACCUCAUUCUCUGCUGCAAACCGCCGGAUGUAUUUUCCAUUCCUCACCUGCGAGGUCAAGUGUGGCUUUGGAGGGCUUGACAUUGCUGAUCGACAAAACGCUCACAGUAUGACCAUUGCCGUGAGGAGCGUUGUCGAGCUCUACAAAGCGGCGAAACAAGAAGAGGCGCUCGAUUGCGUAAUCCUCGCGUUCUCAGUAUCCCACGACCAUCGAUCGGUCCGCAUAUACGGUCACUACCCUGUGAUAGACGGGAAGGAAGUUUCAUACCAUCACCAUCUUAUCCACGAAUUCAGCUUCACGGUAUUAGAAGGGAAGAACAAGUGGAUUGCGUACAAGUUCAUCAAAAACGUCUACGAUGUUUGGAUGCCGGAUCACCUCAGACGAAUCCACUCAGCUAUCAACCGGCUGCCACCGAGUCGUGACUCUCUGGAAGAUGAAUCGCUGGAUCCUUCUAUUCCAGAAACUCCGACUCCAGAAAGGGCCACUCCAGACACUGCGGGCUCCCCCGAGUUGGGUCAAGGGGAAGCCAUGUGGUGGAACAAAAACUAG